CUCCUGCUCCGGGGCACAGGCAAGAGAGAGGCAGCUGGGCUGGCAGCAGGCGGCGAUGCUGUGGGACGGGGACCUUUCCUGCCUAUCUGCAAGGCAGUUCCUCAGCCCGGUGCACUGGGGGCUUUCCCCACCGUGCUGUGCUCCAGCAUCACAGAAGCCUGUCUGCCCUGCACGCUCCGGCCCUGACACACAUGGGAAGACUGCGCCAGGGGACCGGGCACGAGGCUGCAAGGAGGGCAGAGCUCCUUCCUCUGCUCUCUCCUGCCGCCGGACUCUCUCUACAGCCCUCCCUGCUCUCCUGCUUUAUUAGGUGUCAGCCAGUUACCCAUGUACGAAGAGGAACAGGAAAUCGUGGACUUCAUCCAGGCCUUUGUCAGCAGCCCAGAAAAGGAGGAGGGCCAGAAGAUUAAGUUCCUGAGGGCCAUUUGCAACCUGUGCAAAAGCACCAGGUACUAUACCUUGUCACAGCGCCUGGAUGUCUUCUGCCACAGAUACGAGCUGGCAGAGAAUAUCAAGGUGCUGCUGCAAGAGGAGCCCAGGGACCAGCUGUCCAGGGCAGUGCGGCAGCAAGCCAUGCUUGCCAUCACCGAAUUGAGCUCAGUGCCGACGGUGCUGGAGGGCAAAGAGGACAUCCCCCUACACACUUGCUUCACGAGUGUCUUCCUGCUUCCUCCAGAAGAGGAAAUGAGGAGCCUGGAGUCUUACCUCUAUUUUCAGACCCUGCGAGCCAUGGACACCAUGCUGGAGACGAUGGUGCGCAGCUGUUCUGCCACCAGAGUCAGCGAGCAGCUGCAGAGUAUCUUUCAGAUGCUGCUGAACUUCACCAACUCUGAGAGAGCAGCUGUGCGGGAGAGGGCCGUGGGGAGGAUUAAGGUUCUGAGCCUUUUGCUGGCCAAGAAUUCCACACUGAAGGCCUUUGCAAAAUACCUCAAAUCUUCUGAGAGGGCAGACAUCGUCCUUGUGGCCAUCGAGGCGAUGAGAGACUCCAGCUUCAGUGAGAAGGAGGCAGCAAGAAAAGUGCUGCACGAGGUCAUGAGAGACCCUGACUUCUGGCUGGCGGAUGUGCCAAAGAUCACGAGCUGCAUCCACAAAAACCUGGGAUGCAUCAACACGGAGUCAGCCCGGCAGAGCGUGGAGUCACUACUUCUCCUGAUGACCGACCACUACCCCAUCCAAGUGGUCACGAGCCUGCUGAAGUUCUCUCCAUCAGCAGACGGCACCAGCAUGGCCAUGUGGGAGGUGAUGUUGUCCGCGCCCCGGACUUUGGAGGUGGUCUUCAAGGAGCAACUCAGCAAACUCCAGGACGUGAAAUCACACAGCCCGGUCACCUCGGCCACGGAGGACGCCUGCACCCCUCACUUGGCUCUGAUGGCCUCCAGUGAGAUCCAGUCAGAGCGUUCUGGUGACGAGUCCCACAUUGAGAGCUACCAGAGGCAUCCAAGCCUGCGGACGGUCUCCCUGUUGCUCGAAAGCCUCAUCACGCUGUCGGAGAGACCUGACUUGGCAAGAAAAAUACAGGUCCUCCGGCGACACAUGGAGGAGGUGUUCCACAAUGGCAACACAGAUAUCAAGAUGAAAGUCCUGAUGGUCUUCAGAAACGUGAUGGGUCACCUGAAGAGGACGGAGGCCAGCGCCAUGGCUCUGCAGCUGGCGGAGGAGCUCCUACCCCUCUUUGAUGACGAGUCCAGCCAGAUGAGAGAGCUCUCCAUCAGCCUCUUCCGAGAUGUGAUGGAGACUGUGGUGGGGAAGGACAAGAGGAGGAUGAAGAAGAAAGUGCGAAGGGGCCUUCUCCCGCUCUUCUUUCACAUGUGUGAUGAGACCGACAGCGUGGCCAAGGUCUCUGGGGAAGCCCUCAUCACCACCGCAGAGCUCCUCAAGUGGAAAGAGCUCAAACACCUGGUGCAGACACAGCAGACAUGGAGGACUGGAGAGUGCUUGCUGGUGCAGGACAGGAGCAGGGCGGAAGAAUACUUGAGCCAGAGCCUGCCGUACCUGGGGGACGCUCAGGCCACCUUGCGAGAGAUGGCCGUGAGGUUCAUCGGGCUUGCUGCGCGGCCCCUGAGGGACCAAAGCAGGGAGAAGCUGGCUGAGAUCUGCAGGGCUCUUCAGCCCAUGCAAGAAGACAGCAAACCCGCCAUCUCCUCCCUGGCACUUCAGACCACCCUCAUCCUGAACUCUCCAAGGGUGCAGCGCACAUGGGGACGCAGCCUGCGAGCACUGUGCUGCGGGUGCUGCUGA